GUUCUCAUGAUUGAAAGAGUCCGCCAAACUGAAGGUAAACAAGAGUUAGGUCCAAGGCAACUUGCUUCUACUGGGACCGGGGUAUAUAUGGCUCUGUGCUCUCUUCCUCCAACACACAAUACUAAUAUUGAUGGAUUUUUACAUUUUUUUCGAAAUGAGUUUUGUAAGGAAGAGGAGAUUCUGACUUCAAGGUGCUUUUAGGACGUUGUGGUCGAGUGGCUUUGCUCCACUGGAAGAUGUAACGUCAUAAUAAUUAUCAUAAUAAAAAUAAUUACCAACCUAUAGUUUCGUAACGGGGCAGGCAUGAGGGUGUUCUGUUGAUAGGUUAUGAAUUUAUUUGGCUGCCCGUGGGUGUGGAGAAAUCCUGGCGUCUUACCGUCUAGGGUCUUCAAGUAAUAAUAAUAUUAAUUCAUUGUGUCGGGUGGACAAGCAGUCAGUUCAUACAGUACAUGUUAGACUUAUAUCCGAAAUGCUAUAAGUGCUAGGUUGACAGGGGCAUUAGGUGACAGGAAAUGUGCCCAACCAUUUCUGUCCCGCCAAGGAUUCGAACCCGGAAUUCUUGACUGUGAGUCGACAAUGAACCCGACUGAACUACCAUGACCUGCAAAGUGUCAAAAGAUGAAUCUUCCAGUGUAGCCUGUGUGUGGUAUGGAGGGGAAGUUUCUAUUAGUUUUCGUUCUUUUUUCAUGAUAGGUAAUUAGCCUAGUUUGGGAUCAGAUUACAUUUCAUAAGCCUGACUGACAAAGACAUGUAUGGCUUACUUCGUCUUCACUUCUAACCAUAUACCUCUCUGCCCGAGUCAACAAGAACAUCGUGUUACACUCUCACUGAUGGAACCCAUUCAGAAUGCAGCCUGUCAGCACACUUUCAUUAUCUGAUAGAGUUGUGUCGAAAUGCCAGCUUGUGGGAUGCGAUUUGAAACUUGUAAUUACACCAUUAGGACUGUGCCUGCAAUGGAUAUCCAGUAGAGAUAACACCAAGAACAAAAUAGAAUCUUUGGGUGCAGUUGUAGUGACAAAAAAUAAGACUGGUGGGAAAUUGUAUCCAGUUUGCAUGAACUUGGUGACUGAGGUGGCAAUAUUUGGUAAGACUGUCAGCAGUGGAAGCAGGGAAUCCUGUGGGAGGACACCUUCAGCUGUAUUAAUAGUUUGUACCUCUGGAUCAGUUAUGGCUGCCCACUCAAAACUACCGGGAUACCUGGUCACACUUUGUCAUUUAGCUCAGCCUGUAGUUUGGGCUGGCAUUGUGGAAGUUGGUGAUUCAUCUGCCAUUGUAGUCGUUGGCAAAGAAGCAUUGAUGGCCAUUGGCCGGCCAACACCAUCUUCAGGACUACACGCUUCAAUUAAAAGAGAUGGAACAAAUAACAAGGGCAGCUUAGUUUGGCAUUUAGAGGCUCUUUCAACACUUGCAUUGACAUGCUAUGGUCAGAACAAUGCUCUGGUUUUCUCUGAUGGUAUAUCAUGCUGGUUAUGUCAUGUUUAUUUUGUAAGAGAUCAAACAGAAGUGAAAUGCCAUGAAUUGCCUUAUUGUGGAGUUAUAAAGAUCACUUGUAAAGAUGUGGAUCUCGUUGAAAUGCUUACGUGCGAUGGUCGAAUGUAUAGGUGCUCUUGGAAAGUUAUAACUGCUGGAAGUAAGAGUGACAAUCACAAGGUAAAUUCCAGGUUGAUUGAUAGUGAACUGCCUCACACAAUUGAAGGGAUGAUGACAGGCAUUCAGCAUUGCUCAGAACUCAUGGAUGCUGAAGGGAAAAGAAUUUGUACUCUGGAUUUGUAUCUUCGACAGUUGAGUUUGGCACAUAGACUUUUAGCAGAACCACAAUUACCUUUAUUUUCAACAAGUGUUAGAGUGGAACACAAUAUUGAAGAACGGAGUUCUUAUCUUGCAAAUAUACAGUUUCGUAAACAAAGAACCAAUAUUGAUUUAGAUGGAAAGUGGUGGAGACUUUGUUUGGUAAUCCCUAGAUCUAAUGGUGAUCAUUUUAUAAGUGCAAAACUUGAUAAGGAUUGCUUCAAAACAGAUAUGUGUAUGUCUGUAGCCUUACCUCCAUUAAAUCUUAAUAAAAGUCUAGGUAGCAAAAGUAUACAAUGUUACUUGGUCUUAGAGCAUUUCUCAUCAUUUCGCCCAAUAUGUCAGGUAUUUGCGUGUGAAACAAAAAUUGAUAUAUUUCAUUUCGUGACGUGCCAGCGUAACUUGACUACCGCAAAUCUCUCUUCACAAAACCCUAGCAUUGUCUUUCGUAAAAUAUUAGACGAAAAAGCCUAUGCAAGUUCCAAAUCUAUUAUAAAUAAGGGCCCAACUCCUUUUUGCAAAGUUUCUACAUCAUGCAUAACUCAUGAGAAAAUUACAUCCUUAUUUGGGGACUUGCUCAGCUUUAUACCAUCACCAUGCUCUGAAGACACAAAUGGUGAGAAAACACUACAUAAAAUUUCCCUGUGGUAUCAUGAUGACUGCAUUGAUGUUCAAUGCUCAACAAAAGGCAGUCAUACGUGUCUUUCAUUAGAGGGUCCAAAUCCAUCAGUUGUGUUGUCAUUAAAAGCUGCUUUAGAGAGAAGAGUAACAGAACUUGAACUACCGUCCACGCCAGUGACUCUCACUCCAGCAGUCCUGAGACAGGCACAUCUUGUCUAUAGGAUAUUGAAUUUUGAAGCUAACUCUUCAACUACACCAGCCUCUCUCAGUCACCUGCAUCAUACUACUACACAGUUAAUGUCAUUGUUGCCGCUCUGAUUAUCUGGGAGUAAUACAAAUAAUAAUUUAUGUAUGCUAUGUUAUAAAUAACUUUUGUUUAUACUUUGUUAUAAGAAUUAUGCUAAAUAAUUUAGUUUAUUUAAAUAAAAUGUAGACUACUG